AUGCCGUCGUUGCUGGAAGCGUUGGAGCUGAAGUACGGCAGUUCGACGACCGACUGUUCCCUCACGGACGAGGAGACGGAGUCGAGCUCGCCGAAGGCCGCCCUCUCGGUCAGCAUCUUCAUACCGAAGAAGUCACCCCGUCACACGGUACCGGCGUUGCUCGUCCUGCAGGACUGCGACAUCGAGUCGGCCGGCAACGACGCGGAGAAGCUACGGAGCAAAUGCAAGAACGUCGAGGAGCUGGACCUGGCGCAGAACAAACUGUCCCAAUGGACCGAGGUGUUCGGCAUAUUGCAGCACAUGCCGAAGAUCAAGUUCGUCAACCUGAGUUUCAACUGUUUGGCCGAGGUGUUUGACAUCAAGCACGGCAGUUACGAUCUGUUGAAGAAUCUGGUGUUGAACGGGACCAGGGUGACCUGGUCGACCGUUCAGGGAUUGAUCCGUUUGCUUCGUAACCUGGAGGAGCUGCAUCUGUCCUUGAACGAGUACAAGACAGUAGAUCUAGAUUAUCAGAUGCCGGAGAGCAAGAACGUCUCGGUGAAGAAGCUUCACUUCACCGGCAAUCCCGUUGAAGUGUGGAACGAAAUCUCCAAAUUGGGCUAUAUAUUCCCGAAUCUGGAGAGCCUCGUGCUGGCAGAGUGUCCGAUAAGGUCGUUGGCCCUCGUAGACAAUAGGAACUCGAACGAGGAGCCAUGUUCCAAGAAAGAGCCAGAAAACCUCAGCGAGGACAAUGAGAAUAUGAACAGUCUGGACACUGAGGAGAACACGUCGGUAGAUGAAAAGGGGAACAGGAUAUUUAGCGAGGGGAAGGUGAAUUAUGACAGAUCCGAGUCAGAAUCAGAGUCCAGUGGAACGACCAUUAGGUCCUCUCACGAUCCAUUCAGAAAGCUUAGGUUCCUAAACUUGAACGGCACCCUGUUGUCCACGUGGGACGACGUGGAACGAUUGGCCAGGUUCCCAGCACUUAAGUCUCUAAGGAUCCAGGGCUGUCCUCUCUUCGAGGUAGGAGAUCCUUUCCCACUUGAUCGUCAUCAUACGCUUUAUCUGAUUGUACGAGUGAUUUUGAAAUAUAUUCUAGUGAUGUGGAAAUUGGUAGAAAAGUUAUGAAUCGGCAAAUCUGCAAAACCUGUUGUGCACUGGUACACAUAGGUGAUUGCUAUACAGUUUAUGCCAAAAAGAAAUUACUAAAAUAUAUAUUAUACUAAACUAAUAUUAUAAUAUACUAAAUAUUACAAUAUUAUAUACUAAAAUAUAUUCUAAUAUUAUAAAUUAUAUGCUAAAAUACUAAACUAAAUUAUACUAAAAUAUUAAAUAUUAUAUUAAAAUAUUAAAAACUAAUAUUAAAUAUUAAAUAUUAUACUAAAAUAUUAAAAACUAAUAUACUAAAAUAUUAUAAUAUAUAUUUAGUAUAAUAUAUUAUAAUAUAUAUUACCAAUACAUAUUGUAUAAAAUAUUAUAUAUAUAAGAGAUGUGCAAAGUUUUAUUUAAAUUCUCAUUCUGUACAAACAAAGUAUAG